GGAAGGAGUGGCGGCGGCGGCAGGAGCGGUGCUGGGGCGCCGCCGCACGGACUCGCGGCGCCAGGCCUGUUCCGGCCCGGCGAAUGCUGUGGUGAUAAGCGGCCUCACAGGAACUCUGCAAUGUGAUCUCUAGAAUGGUUAGACAGUAACUUCAGCGGCUUUGUGCAGCAUGGUUACGAGAGCUGAAAAUGGAUAGGAAGGAAGAGAGGUUGCCUCCUUUCUAGUACCGGAGGUCUUAAUAGAAGGAUUGCCUUGAGACCCAUCUUUCCCCGUUCAGGACUGCCCAGGUUUUGGUGCCAAGCUGUUGGAGGGGAAAAUGAGAAGGUUUUUGAGAUCUGGCCAUGAUCCUGUGAGAGAGAGGCUCAAGCGUGACCUUUUCCAGUUUAACAAGACUGUAGAGCAUGGAUUUCCCCACCAGCCCAGUGCAUUGGGGUACAGCUCUUCCCUUCAUCUUAUGGCCAUUGGGACACGAUCAGGAGCCAUCAAACUAUAUGGAGCCCCUGGAGUGGAGUUCAUGGGCUUACAUGAAGAAAAUAACACUGUUUUGCAGAUGCACUUUAUACCAGGCCAGUGCCAGCUGGUGACACUGCUGGAUGAUAACAGUUUGCACCUCUGGAACCUGAAGCAGCGCAGUGGGACAUCUGAGCUGCAAGAGGAACAACGCUUCACACUGCGAGGGCCCCCUGGGUCUUCUCCAAGUGCUACCCAGAUCACUGUUGUCCUUCCACAUUCUGCUCGGGAAGUUUUGUACCUUGGUACAGAAAGUGGUAACAUCUUUGUGGUGGAGCUCCCCUCCUUCAGAGUGCUGGAGGACAGGACCAUCAGCUCUGAGGCAGUGCUGCAGUGGGUGCCAGAGGAUUACUCUAGCAGACGGCCGUGUGAAUUGGUGGAAGCCAUACAGGAGCAUCCUAGAAACCCUAACCAGAUUCUGAUUGGGUACAGUCGGGGACUCAUUAUCCUCUGGGACCUGCAGAGUAACAAAGCAACACACCACUUCUUGGGCAGUCAGCAAUUGGAGAACGUCUUUUGGCAAAGAGACGGUCGUCAGUUUGUUAGCUGCCAUUAUGAUGGAAGUUACGCCCAGUGGCCAGUAUCCAAUGAUAACAGGCAGCCUGAACCCCUGGAAAGUAAAGUGCCUUAUGGUCCCUUCCCUUGCAAGGCCAUUUCCAAGAUUUACUGGCAGGUGACAAAAAAUGGGCUUCCGUACAUUAUAUUCCAAGGAGGGAUGCCCCGAGCUAGCUAUGGUGAUCGGCACAGCAUCUCUGUUAUCCAUGGCAGCCAACAGAUUGCCUUUGACUUCACGUCACGGGUGAUAGACUUCUUUGUCAUCUCUAAUGCAGAUCCUGCUGCAGGUAUGUGCCAAGAGGGACUUUAACCCUUGAAGGGUUGAAAUUUGUUUUUUACGUGAAAACUCCAUGUAUAACGAAAUAGCAACCUAAAUGGAGAUGAAAGAAUGUUUUAUUGAGUUUAAUUGUUCAGGCACUUGCAAAUGUAUGAAAGAUGCCUUUAUAGGUUAAUGUGGAAUGCUGGUGGCAGUGAGUCAGCUACAAACUUCACACGUACCCACUAAAAUUAAACUGCUUGUCUUAAUGUACUAACUAGGAAUAUAAACGCUCAAGUUAUUCAUGCUGGCUCAUGAAACUGAGAGGCUGGAUAUUGGGCAUAACAAAGCAACAAGAUUCACUUUUGAAUAUUGGUUUUAAGCCCAGCACAUCAAAGGGGGCUAUAAUUAAAAGAAACAAUCUCACUGGGCGUGAGUGGCAUUCUUUAAUUACUGUCUGUGGAUUUAUGACAUGGAGCUCCAAGUGGUAUAUGAAUAAAGGGUGAGUUUGGAAUGAAGGUCAGUGUGCAGUGUAUUUAAUUUAUUCUAUGGCUAACAUGAAUGUUUACGUUUUUAAUAACUGUAGAAACAACUCGGUACUAUUGCUUACUCAGCCCCAUUCACACAUGUAUCUGCUUCUAUUCCUGCUUCCACUAUUGGGCUUUUCUCAUUCUCACAACCUCUUCAAUCACUUCCUUUUACCUGUUUCUCAGUUGUUAGGGAACCUGCUCAACUGUGGCUUCCAGCACAUCUGCCCUCUAGGUUUUUUCUGGUGAUCUGACUUUUAAGAUAGCUGACCACUUGGUUAUUUCA